CAACGACGAGCACACACACACACACACACACACACACACACACACACACGCACACACACACACACACACGCACACACACACACACACACACACACACACACACGCACCUCGCUCGAACGGAGGAUGGAUGGUGGUGAAGGGCAUCAGGGGAAUGGAGUACACACCACCGCCAACGACACAGACAACGGACACAAUGAGUGCGAGAAUGGCAGUGGCAACCGCGACAAGAACAAGUUUGCGAUAUGGACAAAGAAAAAGGCGCGAAGACCCCCGCAGCGAGAACAUGACGAGGGCGAUGUGGAUGAUGACGAAGAGGUGGAAGAGGACGCGGCAGAGACAGACUGCAUGUGCUGCUGCUUGAGGCGACACAAGAGGAGGCACCGCGACAGCGCCGGCGAGGACCGCGCACAUGACAACGCCAGCGGUGGGAACGACAAGCACGACAGAGUCGAUCGGGGAGCAGCGACAUCCAUGGCAUUGCAACGGAAGCAGUGGAAGGAGAAGAUGAAACAGAAGAAAAAGGCCGUGGAUGCGGACGGGGCGUUUGUGCGACGCACAGGCUGGACCCUGCCCUUGAACUGGCAGCAGGUGAUGGCCUGGGUGAUUGUGGGCGUGAUGCUGUUGCUCCACUUUGGGCUGGUGGCGCCGACGUUCCCGGAGAGGUGGCAGGCCACGCCAUACUUGACUGUGGGCGGCCUGUUUGUGGUGUUGAUUGUGCUGCUAUUCGUCUGCACAACCAUGGACCCGGCAGACAGGAAUGUGCGCUACGACACAGUGCGCCCGCUGACCAUCGACCGGUCCAAGCGGAAGCACGUCAUCAUGGACAGCCACUGCUACUUUUGCCGGGUGUAUGUGAGCUCGCGCGCCAAGCACUGUAGCGCCUGCAACAAGUGCGUGUCUGACUUUGACCAUCACUGCCGAUGGAUGAACAACUGCGUUGGGGGACGGACUUACAAGCUCUUCUUCUUGUGUGUGCUGAGCGGGUCGCUGGCUGCGUUUGGGGAGGCCAUCUGCUGCCUCUAUCUUCUCGUCACCCUCUAUCAGCAACAACACACGUUGAGCGGUGCACCAGCCGUGUUCUGCGGGCGGGAUGUGUCGCGAGCAACAGCGACGGGGUUGCUGAGCAUCACCCUCAUCUUGGCGCUACUGGCUGCCGCUUCCUUGACACAACUCCUCGUCUUCCACAUUAUGCUCGUGUUCAAGAGAUUAUCCACCUUCGACUUUAUCAAGCUUCAACGCGAACAGGAGGCCAUGCAGCAAGCCGAGAACGGGGAAGCGCCAGCAUGAUCAAGAUUGGCGCCAAUUGUCGUGACUUGGGAUCAACUAUGUAUUUGCACUUUGUAAUGGACACCCCCAUCUGAGGGGAGCGGCAGUGGUGGUGGUUCGCGCUGCUGCUUGCUUGCUUGCUUGCUUUACUGGCUUGCUGCCGACUGAUGUGGCUCGGUGUGCGGUUGUGCCUUUUUGGGUUGGAUUGGUCUUUGAUUUGACAUGCACAUGUAGUCGGCUGGCAUCACAAACACAGCAGCAGCUGGUUUUGACAUCAUCUGUGCGCACGUGUGAAACACCACCACAUGUGUAAAUCACGGCAACACGU